CACCCAUGGCCGAUCGGGAGAGGGGCACAUGCUGCGUGGUGGGCAACCAACGCUGCCGCUCGAUGCUUCCGAGAAUGAAGUCACCCGACGUUGAGCCUUCCCCGCCGACCUGUCCACUCUGAAAUUUUCACCACUUUUGAACCACUGCAUUUCGAGUGCUGCUGCAUUUAUUAACCCCCUCGUUCCCGGGCAUAUAGAAUGCCGGACGUUUGAACUUUUAUCAUUAUUGUAAACCUGAACAACUUCACACGGCUGGUAGUAAAUAUCGGCGUGAAUACCAGCUUCAUUCGUUAUAUACGCUCACUGUCACUACUCACUAUCCAUCAUGCCCUUCCGCAUCCGACUUCCUCACCCGAAAUGGCCAUCACAAUGGCCCGUCCCUCGAUAUCUGAGUGUCAUCCCCCUCCCCGCCGCCCAACUUAUCAGCCUGCUCAUUCUCGUUAACGGGCUCGUCUGGGUUGCUGCCGGCAUCCUGUUGCAUUACAACCCCAAGCUCAUCUCCCCCGCUGUCCUCUCCUACACCCUCGGCCUCCGCCACGCCCUCGACGCCGACCACAUCUCGGCCAUCGACCUGACCACCCGCCGCCUCAUCGCCGCCGGCCAGCGGCCCGUCGCCGUCGGCACCUUCUUCAGCCUCGGCCACUCCACCGUCGUCGUCGUGACUUGUGUCGUCGUCGCCGCCACGGCGGGCGCCCUGCGCGAGCGGUUUGAGGAUUUUCAGCGCGUUGGGGGGAUUAUUGGGACGAGUGUGUCCGCGGCGUUUUUGUUGUUGCUUUGUGUGGGGAAUGGGUGGGUUUUGUGGCGGUUGGUGAGGCGGGUGAGGGUGGUGGUGGAGGAGCAGAGGGUUGCGAGGGAGAGGGGGGGAGGGGAGGGGUUUGUGGAUGGUGCUGGGGAGGGACCCGGUGGGGAGGAGGGUGGUGUGGAUGUUGCGACGGGGCAGCAGGGCUUGCAGUUGGAGGGGCCGGGGUUUUUGGCGACGGUGUUUAGGCGAGUGUUUAAGAUGGUCGAUCGGCCGUGGAAGAUGCUGCCGUUGGGGAUUUUGUUUGGGUUGGGGUUUGAUACCAGCUCCGAGAUUGCCAUCUUGGGGAUUGCGAGUAUCCAGGCCGCUCAGGGGACGAGUAUGUGGGUGAUUCUGAUCUUCCCGGCACUGUUCACUGCUGGCAUGUGUCUGCUGGACACCACCGACGGUGCGCUCAUGAUGGCACUAUACACAUCCAAGGCAUUCUCCCGGGACGUCGUGGCCAUCCUCUACUACUCCAUCGUCCUGACCGGCAUUACCGUCUUCGUCUCGGCUUUCAUCGGCAUCAUCCAAGUCCUGUCCCUGAUUGAUCACGUCGCCGAACCAGAUGGGAGCUUUUGGGAGGGUGUCGGGGCGAUUGGCGACUACUACGACAUCAUCGGUGGCUGUAUCUGCGGGCUCUUCCUGCUCGUCGGUGUCGGUUCGGUCCUCGUUUACCGACCUUGGAGGCGUCGGAUGGAUAAGAAGGCCGAUCGACGGGCAGCUGCGAGCUCCGAACCCCAGAGUCCCGACCCUUUGCUCCCCCAAAAUGAAGCCCGGCCCCCUAGUUAUGGUGCCGCAGACACUGAACCGCGGGACAAGAAGCCGGAUGCCGUCACUACAACGCCGGUCUGAGCUCUGCAAGAUGGAUGUGACCCAAGAUAGCUCUUACGCGUUGAGGGUCACGCUGAUGUACUAACUCUCAUCCUAUCGAGAUACCCGGGAAGGCUUUCGGUUCCAAUGGGCUUACUUGGGCCGAUACCCCUCGCACUUUAUCGAAUCGAUGUUUUACGAGCUUACGUGUCUUGAUAGACCGUAGCGUAGAAAUUUUGAACUGCAACAACAGAUGUUGCAAAACAGUCCGUGUCCCCGAACCAGAGUCCCCGUGACUCGCCAGUUACCGUUCCAAUUCGUUUUAGUGUCCUCCC